CAUUGACUACAUCUACAAAUACAACUGUGUGCACAUCAGAAGCACAAAUAAUCUCAAUUCAAUUACUUUAUUCACGUAAAAAGACCAAGAUGCGCAUUGCAAGGACUAGAAUUUGAGUGUUUAGGAUUUUAGCUUACCCUAUUUUAGAGCUAUUAUGGUAGAAUCCAUUACCGUGUUGCGCGGGAUCAGGAAAAGUUGUGCAGGCUGCUUAGCUAGCUACGAACAUAGUACUAAUUUGAGUGCCCUACGUCGCAAGGAAAUGGCUCGGGAUUACAAACCUGGUGACUUGAUCUUUGCGAAGAUGAAGGGCUACCCUCACUGGCCUGCCAGGAUUAAUGACUACUCUGAUGGAGCUGUGAAGCCGGCCAACAUGAAGUUUCCCAUCUUCUUCUUUGGUACCCAUGAAACUGCAUUCCUAGGCCCCAAAGAUGUAUAUCCCUACCUGCCCAAUAAAGAGAAGUAUGCUAAGCCUAACAAGAGAAAGGGCUUCAACGAAGGCCUGUGGGAGGUUGAGAACAACCCGAAGGUGGAGCUGAAUGGAGAGAAGCAAAUGAUGCUGUCGGAUAACGUUACGGAGAAGGACUCUGACAGUAACCCAGAAGGGGACGAGGAGGGAGAUUAUGAGAAGAGGAAGAAACCCAAAGUGUCGGGGGCUGAGAGUGAGGCUGGACAGGAGGAGGAUGGUGAGGAGGAGGAUGGGGGCAUGCAGGUCUCUGAACAGAGACAGCCCCAGGAUGACCCCACACCAAAGGAAUCUACAGACACUCCCAAACCCAAGAGAAGAAGGAAGAAAAAGAGUGAUGUAGAGGCCGACUCGGAGAAAGAGGACACUGCCAACAGUCCCACAUCCAGCCCUCAAGGUGGAGAGGGCCCCACUCCUAAGCGGCGAGGCAGGAAGACCAAAGCUGAGAAGAUGCUCCUACUCCAGCAGCAGGACCCCCAGGGCUCAGGCAGUGACAUGGACACUGCUGAGUCAGAGAGAAAGAGGAAGAGGACGCCGGAAGACAAGUCCAGGAGAGGAGAGCAGGAGAAGAGGCCUGAGGGGAGGAGAAAGGAGGAGAGCAAAGGGAGGAAGGACCUGACGCUAAAACGGAGGAGACAGGCCAAAGAGGAGAGCUCCUCUGACUCCUCUGACCAGGAGAAGAGCAAGCGGCAGCAGCCCACUCCGACCGAGACGGGGGACAAAGACGAUCAGAAAGAGCAAAAAAAAGAGGAUGGGAAAAAAGUGGAUGAAAGGAAAGGUGACAAGAAGAAAGAGAUAUCGACAGAAUCGAGGCUGCAGAGGUUGCAUGGAGAAAUCAAAAUCUCCCUCAAGAUUGACAACCCAGAUGUGAAGAAGUGUCUGGUGGCGUUGGAUGAGCUGGGUAUGCUGCAGGUCACCACCCAGCACCUGCAGAAACACUCAGAGCUCAUAGCAACACUCAAAAAGAUCCGGAGGUUCAAGGCCAGCCAGGACAUUAUGGACAAGUCCACCAUGCUGUACAACAAGUUUAAGAGCAUGUUCCUGCUGGGGGAGGGGGACCAGCUGCUCAGCCAGGUGCUCAACAAGUCCAUAGCAGAGCAGAAGCAGCAGGAGGAGGCCAGGAAGGGAGUCCAGAAGAAGGCAGAGCGGGCCAGGGAGAACAACACAGAUAAGACUAAUGGUGACUCCAGUCCUGAUGAUAAGAAGCAGGAGUCGGACAAAGGAGAAGCCUGCUGAAGAGGCCUCUACAGGAGAUAACAGCAGUGUAGUGAAGGCCCAAGAGGAAUCCACCUGAUGAUGAAGAAACCUAUCUGACUGACUGAACUGAAGGGAAUGUUGGUGCUGCUGACCUGAACUCACUGCUCCUGAGUCCUGACUGAUCUGUGCUGCCACC